AUGCCUACUCUUGUUCCAGUGGAGUUCAACUUCGAACUGAACUGCUUCAUCUUGGGCGAUGACCCCAGCCGCACGUUUUCAGUCAAGAUUUUAGAGACGGAUACCGUCAGCAAACAACACUCUCCAGCUAUGGAAGUCUGGGAAGUUGGUGGUGCUGAGUCUCUGACGAUAUGGAACUUGAAGGUUAAUAUCGACCCGGAGAAGGAGAAGUUAGAUCUCCCGCAUGACGCCGAGAACCUUAAGCCACUUACCCGACUCUCCAAAGUGUUCACCGUCAGACAGGAGGAUGAACACCUUCAUCUAUUUGUGCAACACAUCGUCGUACAACCGCCACCUGCUGCCGACUACCCGUCCAUCCACCUCAACUGCUUAGUCUUAGAUGACGACCCCAGCCACAUCUUCCCAGUCAAGAUUUUACAGACAGACACUGUCAGUAACCUGAAAAAGGUUAUCAAAGAAGAAAAUAAGCAUGAAUUCGAUGGUGUCGAUGCUAAGCAUCUUAAGCUAUGGAAGGACGAAACGUUUGAUCCCGCGGAACCAAUUCGCGUGACUCUCCUGUCUGUGGUCUAUCAUAUAAGGUCGAUAUUGGAUAUUGACCCAGAGAAAAAGGAGAAGUUGGAUCUCCCGGAUGAUGCCAAGGAGCUUAAACCGCUCACGCAACUCUCCCAAGUGUUUACUGUUGGACCAGAGGACGGACACCGUGACCUUCAUAUACUCGUGCAAUACCCUACUAGUAGACGGAACUAA